GGUUGCUGCUAUCUGAACAAUACCUGAACUCUGAAAGAUGAAGAUGAAGAUGGAGUUGAUGCUGUUAACGGUGGUCUCUGUUCUACUUGCAGCGGUGCAUGGGCAGCAGACUUACCUUGCCAACAACCAGCUCGACUGCUACAACAACUUCAACUCCACCGACGGCUACCUCUGCAACGGCGCCGCCCCCUCCUGCAACUCCUACCUCACUUUCCGCUCCAUCGACCCUUACAACAAUCCCACCUCCAUCGCCUACCUCCUCGGCUCCACCCCCUCCGACAUCGCCUCCGCCAACAACAUCUCCGACGUCGACCCCAUCCCCGUCCGCACCCCCGUCCUCGUCCCCGUCAACUGCUCCUGCUCCGGCAACUACUCCCAACACAACGCCUCCUACACCCUCAAGACCGCCGCCGACACCUACUUCGGCGUCGCCAACAACACCUACCAGGGCCUCACCACGUGUCAGUCCCUCAUGCACCAGAACCCUUACGGCGACCGCAACCUCACUGUCGGCCUCGUCUUGCAAGUUCCCGUCAGAUGCGCCUGCCCUACCGCCGCUCAGACCGCCGCCGGCGUCAACUACCUGCUCACCUACCUCGUCGACUGGAACGACGCCCCUGAAGCUUUAGCUCAACGAUUUGGAGUAGACCAAUCCACCUUGCUCGCGGCAAACGACUUGUCGUCCGACGGCAUUAUUUUUCCCUUCACUCCGUUACUGGUUCCUCUCAAGACCAAACCCACCCCGCUUUUACUGCAGCAACUCCCAACCUCACCUCCUCCGUCUCCGUCGCCGCCUCCGCCGCCUCCCUCGUCGGAUGGCGGCUCCUCCAAAAAAUGGGUCUUCAUCGGCGUCGGCAUCGGAGCUUUCUGUCUCCUCCUCCUCCUCAUCGCGCUCCUCGUCUUCCGCCGUCAGCGCCGCCAACACCCCAAACCCAACUUGCCUCCGAAAAGCUCCGGUGACUACACGCCGAGCUCGCUGCUACCCACCACCACAAACUCGGACGACACCACGAAAUCGUGGUCGGCGUAUUCUUCCAGCGGCCUCAAAAACGCGGUGGAGUCCUUGACCUCUUACAAAUUCGACGACCUCCAGAAGGCCACCCAGUUCUUCAGCGAAUCCACCAGAAUCAACGGCUCCUCCGUUUUCAGGGCAAACUUCGACGGUGACGAAGCCGCCGUCAAGGUGAUGAUCGGCGACGUUUCGCCGGAGGUUAACAUACUGAAGCGGAUUAAUCACUCCAACAUUAUCAGACUCUCUGGAUUCUGUGUCCACAGAGGAAACACAUAUCUGGUUUACGAGUUCGCACCCUCUGGAUCACUCAUGGAUUGCCUUGGUAAGUCUUCAGCAGCCAUUAGUCCUCUGUCUUGGAAGCAGAGAGUUCAGAUUGCUAAUGACGUGGCCAGUGCGCUCAACUAUCUUCACAAUUACACAGAGCCUCCAUUAAUCCACAAGAACCUCAACAGCAGCAACAUUCUGCUGGAUGCUAACUUGCGAGCCAAGGUUGCUAAUUUCGGCUUGGCAAGAGCUGUGGAGUUGGAUAACCAAGACGAAGAUGGAGGACAGGGAUUUCAACAGACGAGGCACGUGGUGGGUACGAAAGGAUACAUGGCGCCGGAGUAUAUCGAAGGGGGAGUGAUCACUCCGCAGCUGGAUGUGUUUGGAUUUGGGGUUGUUUUGUUGGAGCUCUUGUCUGGAAGAGCAGCCUCGGGUGGUGAAGAGCACACAUUGCUGCAUGAGUCUAUUACUGUCGUGCUUGAAGGAGAUGAUGUGAGGGACAAAAUCAAAGCGUUUAUGGAUCCUUCUCUGAAAAGCGAGUACCCUUUGGACCUGGCAUUUUCGAUGGCUCAGUUAGCUAAGAGCUGCGUUGCGCCUCAGUUAAACUCGAGACCCACCAUGGCUCAAGCUUCUGGUACUCUAUCCAAGAUUCUUUCGUCGACACUAGACUGGGAUCCAUCUGAUGCUGAGGAUCUUAGAUAUUCAAGGUCACUGAGUUAUGGCAGAUAGACACUCCUACUUCACAUUUUAGUGUUGCCGAGCAUAUAUUGUAAAAUUUAACUGUGUAUGGUUUUGUUGGUAUACUCUCUUCUGAUAUAAGAGAACAUUUAUUAUUAUUUCUUCUAUAUAGUAAGGAUCAACAACAAUUUCUUCAGAG